UUCGAUGGAUGUCCGAUAGAUUUUGACCGGAUUCUGUGCUGGCCGAAGACACCGCGGGCCACCUGGGCAGUGUUGCCCUGUUUCGCCGAGUUCAAAGGCGUCCGUUAUGAUCCCACGCAGAACGUAACCCGCUACUGUCACCCGAACGGCAAAUGGGACAACUACAGCCACUAUGCGAGCUGUCACAUGCACGAACCACCCCCGAAUAUAGUCGACGCUAUGUCUAUUAUUUACUACACCGGUUACAUUAUUAGCCUUGUUGCGUUAAGUCUUGCUGUGAUAGUUUUUGUGUAUUUCAAGGAUUUGAGGUGCUUACGAAACACAAUUCAUGCGAAUCUCUUCACUACCUACAUUCUGUCGGCACUGAUGUGGAUUAUAAUUCUAACUUUGCAGCUUUCCAGUAGUUCCAGCAGUGGCCUAACCAGUUGUGUGAUUUUCGUUACUCUUCUGCACUACUUCACUCUGACCAACUUCUUCUGGAUGCUGGUGGAAGGUCUCUAUCUUUACAUGCUGGUCGUGGAAACAUUUUCUGGCGAUAAUCUGCGGUUCAACAUGUACGCUGCCAUCGGAUGGGGAGGUCCCGGUGUUUUCGUGGUACUGUGGGUAAUUGCCAAGGGAAUUGCCAUUUCCGGUCAAAACGGAGUACCAAAGCUCGAAAUCGAAUGUUCCUGGAUGCGGGAAUCGGUUGUGGACUGGAUCUUCCAGGGACCGGUUUGUGCUGUGCUCAUCAUCAACCUAGUCUUUCUAAUUCGAAUCAUGUGGGUCCUAAUCACGAAGCUACGGUCGGCAAACACGGUCGAGUCACGUCAAUAUCGCAAAGCAUCGAAGGCGCUGCUGGUGCUGAUCCCGCUGCUUGGCAUCACCUACCUGGUGGUGCUGGCAGCUCCGUCCGAGGGUAUUGCGAGUGACAUUUUCGCCAUCGCGCGAGCCCUGCUACUAAGCACGCAGGGCUUCUCGGUGUCACUGUUCUACUGCUUCCUCAACUCGGAGGUCCGAUCGGCCCUCCGGCAUCGCCUGGAGCGUUGGCGGGACGAACGGAACAUCCGGCUGGGUCAGAUCCGCCAGCGAAGCCGCCGAUUCACCAACACCGGCCUGUCAAAGGAAUGCUCGCCUCGAUCUAGAACUGAAAGUUUCCGGCCUCUAACCUACAGCAAACGGGAAAGCUGUGCUUCCUCGGCUACGACGACCACCCUACUGGGACCUCCGGCUAGCUAUUCUAGCGUUCUGCGAGGAUCCAACGGUGCUCUGCAUCUGCACACAGCGGCACCCAGGGCUGUCAGUCCUCUGAUACAGGGACUCGACGAGAACACUGUUUGAACUUCAGAGGAACUGUUCUUGCUGUCCUCGUGAAUGAACAACAACAAAAAAACGAUAUUUCGCCUAUUUGUACAACGCCGGUGCGCUUAACUGAACUUUCACCUUAUGUAUAUAAAUCUGAACUUAGCAAAUGAAAAGGAUCUGUUAUGUUGUGUAGGUUAAAUAGUUUCAAAGAUAAAAAAAUGCUGACUGCUAGAUUGUUUACCGAUUAACAACAUUGAUGUUUUAUGUAGUACAUGCAUAAAUCAAAUUUGACUGCAAUUUUGUUUUGAAAAAAAAAAUUGUCGAAAAAAAUGAUAUUAAAAUCCAAUUGUCACGAAUGUUCCAAAGUUUACUAACCAAAAUGGACACAGACUCUUGAAAUAGUUACAAAACCACAAUACAAAAAAAAACAAUGCUCUAUCGAUGUACUUCAACCGAACUUGUAAAUUCGCUGUUAAACUCUCCAUGUGCUUUCUAGCUAUUUUUUGAAAAAUAAAAUAUGACUCAAAACUAGUUGUGUUC